AUGGCCCUCAAAUUGAAUGUCGUGCUUGUCAUAUCUUUGGCCAUCGCAAGUCUUGUCUACGUAGCAUCUGCCUCUUCCGGCACCGCCACAUUUUACACUAAAUUACGCCCAUCUGCAUGCUUUGAAAGCCAUGACGAGGGAACAAUGGUGGCAGCGGCGAGCGACUCUAUCUGGGACCAUGGAAAAGCAUGUGGAAGAAAGUACAGAGUGAGGUACACCGGUGGUACCAGCGGCGGUCUGGCUCACCCUUGCCGGAGCAGAACCGUCACCGUCAAGAUUGUCGAUUUCUGCCCGAGAUGCCAAGGAACCAUCGAUCUCUCUCAUCAAGCUUUCUCUGCCAUCGCUGACCCUGUCGAAGGAAAAAUCCGCAUUGACUUCACCCAGUAA